AUGGCUGUCGGCGUCGCCUCCAGGUAUUUACCGGAAAACGGCAUCGGCGCCGCGAAGUGCGGGCCAGGCGACGCAGAGCGCGAGGUUGAAAUGUGGGUGCCGCCCCUGCUCCGCUCGGAGACGAUCCGGCCCGAUGAGUGUCAGCUGGUUGUCAAGAAGGACGAGGAGUCGGGGCGGACUCGCUACACCUACACGCUGGUCUGGAAGGAAUCGAAUGCGCCGUUUGCCGGGACGAACAAUUCUGGAGCCAACAACCGCUCGACGGUUGGCGCUCAGCGUCUCAACGACAAACGCCAAGGCCUGGAGAGCCUCAUGUGCGACGGUCCGUGUCGCCGCAACCACCCUCCCGGCCAUUUCGUGGUUAUCGUCAAGAAGCGAACAUUUUUCGACGAGAUCAUCUGCACGGCAUGGACCUGCUAUCUGGACCGCACCGGGGACCACGGUGACUCGGCUAGGCGCCGCUGGAAGCGCAGCUGUCCCCAGCCGGAUUGCUGCCAGCCCCACCCAAAUGAGACCCAGCCGUCCACUUCCGGCUCUUCGACAGCUUCCUGGCCUUCGCAGGGCACUCUGUGUGAGCGUUGGUCCCCGCUGGUGACGGCCCGUUCGGACGUUUGGUCGAGUACAUCGUUGGUCCCUCCCGUCCAAUCUUUCGAGCCGAUGAAGAUGCGCGCCAUCGUUCUCCGGCCCACCCAGGAGGGCAUGCGCAGGCUCAUCUGGUCGGGCGACUGCGUGCCUACCUCGACCCUUCGCGAGGUCAUCCAAUCGUUUGUCCCCGAUUAUCAGGCCGCCCGUGUUUUCAUCUGCCGAACCUCUCGCGGACCCGCCGGAGACCAUCAGCUGGUUAACCUCGACAUGCGCGAGGACGGCGACUCGCCGAUUGGCAAGUAUAUCGAGAUGGCCCGUCACGGUGUCCUGGAGCUGGCCAUCGACUUUAGCCGCCGAAUCACCCCGCACUACACAUUC